UAAGAACGUUAAGAACCACGGCCGACUCCAGCGAGGAAACCGUCGUACCUACGGGCAGCACCGACACGUCAUCAACAAUCGGCGGGUCGUUGUUGGGAAGAUUACCCGGGCCUCUGCUAGAAGGGCUGGCAUCUACAGCCCCCUCGUCACCCCAGAGAGUAGCCUCAAAUAUCCGCGGUUACCUGGCCAACAAGUUCGAAGCUGCCAUCCCUGACACAGGAUGGCGAGAAGCACUUUUCGCCCUGCCACGGCGACUGUUUGGAACGGUGGAGCUGCCUACGGCCGAAGACGAUCUGAUUGGUUCCGACGGUCAGAAAAUUAUUCUGCCGAAACUCCCGGUGCCAAACUUGGACGAAACUCUGGAACGCUACCUAGCUGCUGUAAAACCAAUCGUCAGUGAUUCACAAUAUGAGAAAACGAAAACGAUGGUAAAGGCCUUCGGAUCGAGUACUGGUCAGGGGCAAAGACUACAAGAAAAGCUUCUGCAGCUUCGGGAGGAACAAGAUAAUUGGGCAUAUACCUGGUGGCUGAACGAUAUGUAUCUCAACAACCCCAUUCCUCUGCCCAUCAACUCGAACCCCGGAAUGGUAUUUCCGCCGAGAUCAUUCCGGUCAGCCUACGACAUGGCCAGGUUCGCUGCCCGAAUCAUGACGGGCAUACUCAGCCACAAAGAUAUUAUGGACAGACAUGCAAUACCAGUGGAGCGAGCUACAUCACGAGAGAAGGGCCAACCGCUUUGCAUGUCUCAAUACUAUCGUCUCUUCACGUCAUAUCGACAGCCAGGGAAGACGCGAGACUUCAUCUACACCAAAAUUAAACACGGAGAAGGAGAUACAAAUCAGGGAACAGAAAAUAUAAUUGUGGCUUGCAGGAACCAUUUGUAUGUCAUGGCGCUGAAACCAAGUGAGAAGAACAGGCUAACAGAAGACGAAAUGACCUUCCAGUUUCUACACAUCCUUCAAGAUGCCUCCUGUCAGCCGUUGUCUCCACCAGUAGGUAUCCUCACGUCUGAAAGGAGAGACACCUGGGCAGUUGCUAGAGAAAAACUCAGACAAGAUAAGAAAAACAAGCAGAACCUGGAGGUCAUCGAGAACGCCCUGCUGCUAGUGUGUCUUGACGAGCCUUUACCUGCAAGCUUCAAUUGCCGUACCCUGCGAAGUGACGUGCCAGAAACUGUAAGAGGUCACAUUGUGGAUUCAAGAGAUGAAACAAAUAUGUCUCAUCAGAUGAUUCACGGUGGAGGAAGUGCGGCUAAUUCAGCCAACCGCUGGUUUGACACGACAGUUCAGAUCAUAAUUUCUAGUGAUGGCGUUUGGGGGCUGUGCUAUGAACAUUCGCCAUCAGAAGGUGUGGCUAUUGUUCAGCUGAUGGACGAUGUGCUCAAGAAAUGCGAGAGCAUGCCUACCGCUCCCGAUAACAUUCCAAGCAACAUCCAGUGUCAAGCCCCGCAAAGAUUGGAAUGGGUGAUCAAUCAGGACAGUCACCAGUACAUACAAGACGCCAUUCAGAAUUUAGAUUUAAUGGUCGAAGAUCUGGACUUCUACGUUUAUCGCUUUCCUGGAUACGGGAAGGAGUACAUCAAGUCUGUAAAAUGUAGUCCUGAUGCCUAUAUACAGCUGUCACUACAGUUGGCAUAUUUUAGACUGUACCAUAAACUCGUGGCAACUUACGAAAGUGCGUCAACACGACGUUUCCUACUGGGUCGUGUGGACUGCAUCAGGUCAGCUCAUAACGAAACUUUGCAGUGGGUGAUGGCCAUGUGCCAUGAUGAAUCUGGCACUGAAGAUAUUCAGUCUGGAAAACGGGUAACCUUCAGUCUCUAUGAUGCACAACAGAAGCUUCAAUUAUUUGAUGAAGCGAUGAAGAAGCAGACAGAGAUAAUGGUGGAGAACAUUCUAGGCCAGGGUAUAGAUGUCCACCUUCUGGGUCUCAGAGAAUUGGCCAAAGACCUCGGAGAACCCAUACCAGAUAUUUUCCAAGAUGACGUUUACAGAACUGCCAAUCACUUUUCUUUGUCUACAAGUCAGGUACCUACAAGUUCGGACAGUUUCAUGGGUUACGGACCUGUUGUGCCAGAUGGUUAUGGUGCUUCAUACAACCCCCGCUCUAACACCAUUGUGUUCUGUCUAUCUGCAUUUCAUUCAUGUCAGAACACAAGCACAUGGAAACUAGCUCAUAGCCUGGAGGAAAGCCUGAAUGCCAUGAAAGACAUGUUGAGCAGCAGACACACGAAGAAAUAGUAAUUUGUUACUCUACUUCUAUGAUGUACAUAGACCUUUAUUUCAGGUCAAAGUAGAUUAUUUGUUAAUACUGUUAGACAACUGGUGGUCCCCAGGAAAGGUGAAAAGAGAACAAGUGAAAAGCAGAAUAACGUAAUACAAUUAAGCAAACAUCAAAAAUUCACCUCCCAUGUCCCAUGUAGUGUAAAUGAACUUGGAACUAAAGGCAUUCAGUUAUGCUAUUUAGAUUAUUUAAAUAUGUUUUUUUCAGCCUCAAACAUAAUGUAGCAUCAUAUGAUAUGGGAAUACCUCAGUCAGGAUGGCAUAUAUUUCAGUUAAGAUUGAACCACAAGCCUCCCAAAUACAAAUCUAGAGGAUUACUGCAAUGCCUCCUUUACUUCUUAAAUAAGAAAUACUUACAGAUGUCCAUGGUGUUAUCAUUCCAUCCUAACUAUAUGUCCAGCCCAUUGUAUUUUCUUACAUUUAAUUAUUCUAUCAAUAUCAGGUGACCUAUUUAAAUUAUAUAAUAAUAUUUAAUGGAAACUGGAGCUAAUAUUGAAAAAAUAUUCUUUGCUCCCACCAUGUUAGUUCUAACAAUUACACAGGACAAUGAGAAACAAUAGGUUCCAGACAUGUCGGUAAAUAGUGUACAACAAUUUUUGGUAAAAUUCACAAUGCUGAAAUAAAUAUUGAUUUAAUUCCAAUGCAAGGAAGUCUUCAACAUUUUGAACUGAAAACUAGUGUGUCUUCCUUCCUCAGAACUCUUCUGUCUCCUGAAGGUAAUUUGAAUUUACAGUGAUCAGAUUUAGUAUAAAUUCAACACUGGAUCUUUAAGAAAAUGCUAAUUACAAUAAGUAAGUUAAUCUUUUAUAUCAAAUAAAAAUAAACAUUAUAUCUGCAAAACUUUAAGUAACCUACAGUAAACAAUUAACAACUAUAAUGCUCCAAGUUGUAAUUAAUUAAUUCUAAUAAACAUAAUAUGCACCGUGCUUUCAUGUUCCCUUUUCACUUUUUCAUGGGUAUCUGUUAUAAAAAGAAGGAAUAUUGUUUGUGUAGAAAUAUAUGUGUACCAUAUGAAAGAAACUGGAUCAAAUAAUAAUAUUAACUUUGCAGAAGGAGAGCAUAAAAAAUAUAUUCAGAGUGAACUGAAGUCUUCUAGGUUGUGAUGCCAUGAUUACAUAGUAACAUAACCUCUAAGACCACAAUUCACAUUUUCAUAACCAUGAGAAUCUCAAAUUCCAGAAUUGUAAUUAAACAGAAUUUUGUUCUAAAAGUACUUCAAUCACAUUUAGUGUGACAUCUUCAUGAGAAAAAGUUGCUUCUAAAAUAACAACGGAUUUAUCAUAGCCACACAUCUCUUAGAUUUUUAAACUACUCCGAUUGUACAUAAGGUGUACAUACAUAUACAAAGCAUGAUUGUGUUCCUUAGGAUUUGUUCCCAGAGAAAAUUGUUACGGUUAUUUAAAACAAAAAAUAUUUAUAUUUUUAUGUUUGCCUUAGGAUUUCAGCCAUAUUUGGUUAAAAUUUAAACAACAUGCCUACCAUUUGAAGGAAAUAUAUGCACAUAAUUAUAUCUUGGAAAACAAGGACAGAAAAUGGAUUAACAUUUUCAUUGCUUACACUGCUAAACACACAGCCUUAUGCAAGUUAACAAUUAAAGUGUUAAAAGAAUUCAAAUUUUGUUUCCCUUAUAAGAAAGGAAAGUUGAGUAUGCCCUUUCUCAUAAUGCAGAAACUAACUUCAAUUGAUUGAUGUUGUUAUGUACAUAAUAUUAGAAAACUUAUUCAUUAUAAAAUAAAUAUGUUAUUGUUAUUCUGUUUUGGAAAUGGGAAAUUGCUUAGUGAUGACGUUUGUAUACAUAUGUUAAAUAAGUGGAAAAAAUUCCUCAUACUGAAAUUAAGUAUUGAAAGAUUAAUUUAACUGUAUUAACAUAUUUAUAAUAUUUGUAGCUUAAUCUGGUUAUUCAUAUUUAUUUUAAUAUACACUAUGUUUAUUAACAUGUACAAAAUGUCUGCAACAGACAUUUUGUUGAUGAUGUUUUGUACGCAAACAACGUGUCUUCAAAUUACACAUAUCAAAUAUUGCAGAACUGCUUUUCAGUAGAAUUUAUUACAGAAAUGUUUUGUAGACUAUGUGAUAUGAAUCAAUAUAAUUUAUUACAUAAAUUGUUAAAAUAUACACAUACACACCAAAAGCGAAAUGUUGGACUGUAAAUGCAUAUUACUACAUGUUGACUUGACCAAGAUGAAUAUUAUAUCUGUUACACAUUACUCUUGUUCUUUUAUAUAAGAUAUUAAUGGAAUUGUUGUCACACAUUUUUAUUUAGAAGCUAUUAUAGUCCUAUAAUUUAUUAGUAGAUAAUUACUGUAUAUAGAUUGAUUAGGACUACAGUGCGUGUAUUAGCAAUAUACAGAUAUGUAGGAAUUUCAUCACCAUGUAACUCUAGAUAGACUAUCAUGGGUUCAGAUAGCAUCCAAUUGUUAGGUUGUAUAGCACGUAUAUAUCCAACACUGAACUACGUGUUGAUCACCUAAAUAAAACAUCAAAGUUUAUACUGGUUAUGUAUCAUUAUGUUUCAUGUUGAAAGAAAGAAUAUUAAUUCAGUUAUAUUAAUAUUACAAAAAAUGCCUAUGAUAUUUGCACAAAGAAAAAUAAAUCACUUUAAUCAUUAUUCCAGGUUAACUCACAGCAGUUAAAUCCUAGGGCUUAUUGGUUAUGAACCUAGUAUAUUAAUUCUAUCAUGCAAGAAUUAGUAUUUUAUUAUCUUCCUAGUUCAUUAAACUGAAAGAAAUAUCAUUUUUGAACGAAACUUUGGGAAAAAAGUAAAAAGUUGUACUCUUAUUGAAGUAAAUAUAAAUACAAAUAUAUUUGUGAUUUUGCAUACCUCAUUGAUGUUGAUGUUCACUUAUUACAGAUAAAUGUUUAUUAUUCCAGAGCUAAAAAACACUACAGAUGUUACAUUCCAUAUAAAUAUACAUUACUGUUUUGUAUUAUGUUAGAAUACAUGCAAAUAUAUAAGAGUAAUGUGUUGUAUAGUCUGAACAUAGAACUGAUACAGCAGUUGUAAUAAAAAAGGUUAUGUGUUGGUCAUGUGAUGCUUAUGGAUAAAAAAAACCUUGAUGCAGAAAUCUCUGGGACUGAGGCAGAGAUUGUAGGUAAGAUAAUAUUAAAUGGUUCCAGGAUUUGGUCCAAUGGUGGAUUUUUGUGGUGAUGUUGUUAGACUCUAAUACCAAACAGUGUAUAAUUUGUGAUCAAAGUAGUGUGUGUCUAUAUAAAGCACAGGGGAGUAUUUUGCCCAGAUCUUGCAGGGGAAAAAAUUUCCCAUUAUAUUAUUUAGUAGAAUUUCUAAGAGACAGAAGAUGUUGAAAAGAAAUUAAUUGUCAAAAUGCAGUGUGAACUUUGAUGCUAUGAAUCCGAGUGACAUAAAGUUCUUAUAUUGUAAAUUCAAAUAGCUUCCUAUAUAGUUGUCUUCAAAAAUUGGCACUAUUAGUGUACAUUAUACUCAAUACUGCUAGUAUACACCUGAUGAAAUGUCAAUUACAAUUUCUUUAAUUGUAUGAUUGUGGAUUAAUUGUAUCAGAGUGUGAAAAUGUGUGGUUAUUUCAAAACAAUGAAAAUGGCAUACACAAUGCUUGAAGUGGGACAGUUUGUGAAAUAUUUUAUGAUAAAAGAAAUUUGUGGCUGGAUAGUUCGCAAAUCCCUUGAAUUUUAGAAAUUUGACAAAAUAAAUUCCUGUUUGAGGCUAAUAUUAUAUCAACCUAAAAUACUCAUGACAUUAACGUUUUCCCUCGACGGAAGCUUAUUACCAUGGUGACCAGGUAAAUGGAAUAAUAAAUUAAUCAAAGACAUGAGGUCAGAACAACUCUGUGCUUACACUUAUUUUAUUGUUAUUUUUACUGUAUUUUGUUGUUCUUACAAAAAGUGAAACAAAAAGAGGGAGAAAGAACAUGAAAUUUUGGCAUGGUUACCGGCUGUUAAGUGAAACGAUUUUGGAUCUCGUUGAAAAGAAACAGGUUAGCAACAUUUUCAGUUCCACCCCACUUCAAGCACUGAGUACAGAAGCUUGUAAUAUGAAUAAAUGUAUUUAUUCCUGUAUAUGUACAUGGAAGAAUGUGGCCAUGAAAGUUUGGUGUGGAUUGUAAUGUAUAUCGAAUGCUUUAUGCAAUGGGAAAGAAACACAGGUAUGCUUAUGGAAGUGCAGAAUAUAAUAUGUAACUAAAAGAGAUAGAUAUUACUAUGGAACUUCAUUAAAUUUUUCCAGUACAAAUCUGAAAUAUCUGCUAUUAUAUUCAAUAAGUUACUUUAAUGAUGAGAGGCGACUGUGUUUUACAUCCAACAACUGACCUAGUUCAUAAAUGGUGGCAGAGUAAAUUAUUUAAUUAUUUCAGUACAGUUUAUUUUAAGAGGAACUUGGGUGAAUAACAAGCAGAUUCACUAUGAUGAAGAAAGUUUUCAAUGGCUGACAUUGGAUUAUGCAGCAAUAAACAUAAGGAAUCAGGUCUGCAACUGAAAGAAUUUAGGUGAAGUUCAUGAUGAUACUAUGAACAGAAGUCAAGAGAUCAGUUUCAAUAAUAAUUCUACACCAUAUAUAUCUAUCUCUUUUUGAUGCAAUGAAAUCAGAACUACUAUAUGUUGUGACAACACUAUUUAAUACGAUCUGUCUUCUAUCUAAUUUCAAACUUGUUUUGUCCCACAUGACUUUAAAAAAAAGUGAUCAUGUGGGCGCCCGCACAGUGACUCUUGUCCAUUCGAAGUAGAGCUUAGAAUGAAACAACAUAUAUCUAUGAGGAAAAUACACUUUGCAUUUCUCUAUAUGCUUAAAAGCAACUGUACUGCUGUAGACUAGCUUCAAAAUAUUGCAAGAAUUGUACAUGAUGCUUCCUAGUGUUCAAUAGUCUUGUUUAAUGAAAACGCAGAAUUGAUGUAAUUGAAAUAUGUGUAAAUAUUGAAACAUCAGUGGUAAGAACAAGUGAUUUAGUGACAGAGUUAUUUAAACUGUUUAUUCAAUAGAAGCAAACUUUACUUUCUUACAGGACAAAAUAAUUUAAAUUUGUGUUAAAAAAUAAUCAAUUGCAGAAAAAUUAAUUUCUAUUGUUGAAACCAAACACAAGAUAUAUAUGUGUGCUUUCCUUCAAGAUAGUGUUAUUAACUGCUACAUUCAGGGUCAUGAUUACAUGGGAAAAUAUUGAUGUAAUAAUUGUAUUGGGGGUCACAGUGGCCGCGCAGUCUGAGGCGUGGGCCUUGUGCCGCUUGGUCACUGGGACAGUGGGUUCGAAUCCCACUCAAGCCAUGGAUGUUUGUCCGCGUUUUUCUGUGUCUUGCUGUCCUGUGUACAGGUAGAGGCCUUGUAACAGGCCAAUCCCUCGUCCAAGGAGUCCUACCGAUUGUCUAUAGAUCAAAGCCAAUGUAAAGUUGGGACCCACAGUGCACGGGUCGUUCCAGUAUCCAGUAGUAAUAAUUGUAUUAUAUAUAUAUAUAAUGAUAAGCAUCUGAGCAUAAAAAUACCAACACUUUGCAAGCAGACAGUAAAGUGAUUCCACUGUGCAUAACAAAAUUACUUCCAUUUCAUAUGUAAAAAUACAGAACUAUCAGCACAUUCCCCAUUUUAACAUAUUACUGAAGUAAUUAUUCCACCAAUUCAUUCAAGUUGUGAUCAUGUGGAAAUCAUUACUAUAAGUCAAUUGAGAGCUCACUUACAGCUCGUACAUUUGAUGCAAAACAACCCAUCUUAUCACUAAAAUCAGUUUCUUUUAUUAUUUAAAAUAUAUUAGAUUUUCUGCAUUGGAUAUUCAACUUAUAUAAUCUACCCAGAACUUUGAGCCAGGCCAACUCAAUCAGUUGAAGGGCAGCUAUAGGUGGCUGUAAGACAAUGGUUUGCUCCCUUAUACAAGAGAACAUUUUCUCUUUGGCUCUGGUGUUCAUCUAGCCUCCAAUAAAAUUGUGUGUCCAGAGAGAGAAGCUUACGUCUCACAUUUUAUCGAGUCAGUUACCGUGAAAGCUUCAAACCCUCAUUUCUAUUUAAUGCUGAGGUCUAAAUGCAUCAAGUUUUACCUUCAUGCUCCCUAUAUGCCACAAUAAAAUGGUAAUUAGGUAGAGACAAUUUUAUUUAGAAAAUACGCACGGCUCUACUAUGUUGUAGGCGCAGCAUCAUGAACGUAAGCUGUGGAACAAAUGGGAGUACUACCUACUACUACUCAAUAUGAAGUACAAUCUUAAACGUUACCUGCUUCAUAAUAAUCUGAUAAUAUCUACUUAGCUGAAAAGGAUAACUUGUGUGUGUACAGAUUUCUUCAUAACUGUCGCAAGCUGCUGCUCUAUGUAAAUAUCAUUUACAUACUUUCUGCAAAUGUAGCAUAUUAUUGUGAUACAAAUGGACAGAGCUGUACAUCUAACCACUUGAUCUUACCACAUUGAUUUUUCCUGCAUGCAUGGGAGAACUGGGGAAAAAAGAAUACUUUUACAUUUCAAUGGCCUUCAAUUCAAUGUAUAGUACUUUUUUGUAGAUUGUAUACAUUACUAUACUAUAAAUGUAAACACUUGGUCAUUACGUACAUAUACUUCCAAGGGAAAAUAUAUAUUAGUAUUUUGUUUUGAACAUAUAUAGCAUUAUACUACUUGCUAAUCUCUGGUACACUGUUAAAAUGCAGUUAAAUACAGAAUUAAACAUAUCACUGAGAAACACAUAUCAAGAAAUCAUACCACAGAUAUUUUGUGAUAUGACAAAUAUACGUUGAUAAGGAAGGUUUCAACGAAGUUAAAAUAGUUUAUGUAUAUAUAUGUACCAUAGGACAAACAUAUCAUAGAAUGUAAUUUUUAUUACUGUUCCUUGUUUAAAUGUUAGUAUUUGAAAUAAAAAGCUUCAGUCACUGCAGUAGUGUGCAGGUUGGAACAUUAUUUGUAUGUUUAGAAGUCUAACUGAAUUAUUAACACUUUAACUGCCAUGCAUUUAAGCAUCCUGCUAUGAUCCUUAAGUUUAAGUACUUGAGUAUUUAAUUUGACUGUAUUAAUAACACAGAAAUUAUAGAAAUACUGUAGUGAUGGCUAAACGCUGCAUAUUAUGGAAAUCAUGAUUUGAAAGGUCUGCUCCAUUUCAGGGUAAUAAGUGUUUUAAAAUGUAUUCUUUAACACUUCUAAAUUUAUCAACAACUAUGAAACAAAUACAAAUCCCCCCCCCCCACCUCCAAAUGAAUUAAUAUUAUCUGUAUCAAGUUUAAUUCACAUCCAUUAAGUCAUGUAAGACAUACAAUGUAAUGUAAUGUACUUGUUGCAUUUUAUAUUCAUUGAUGAAUGUAGAAAGUUCUUCCCUCAAAUUCAGUCUGAGUUGCAAUAAGUGAUGUCAAUGUUUGUUCUUAUAUCUACAGGUUAAGAAAUACCAAAAUAUUACAGGGCACGUGGUUUGAAUGGAUGUAUUAAGACUGUUAAGAUGCUUUAACAAAUACAAUUUACUGAUCACUCGUGCUAGGAAAAGAAAUAAAAAUUAUUCCACUUAGGAUUGGCACUCCCUAAACCUCACAGUGAUUACAAGAAUUCUUGUUCAUGGCAGUUAAAAGCAAAUUGUUCAACCAGGAAUACAUGACAUAUUUUACUGUCUACAAAUGAAAAAUUUAUAUGUAUCUGUGAUGCUGGAUUAAUGUCACUUCUGAAAACAUACAGAAACCAAUCAAUAUUUAUAAGAAUUCAGAAUAAGAACUAUGUUAAAUGUUAUUUGUGAUGAUCAAAUUUACAAUAAACAAUAAAAAUGAAAGGUAAAUUUGGA